GGGCCGCGCCUGCGCCGUGCGGGAAGAUGGCACCUGCCGGCCGCGGCUGCGGCUGCUCGGGCAGCUUGGGUGCCGCGGUGGUGCGGCCGCUGCUCCUGCUGCUGGGGGCGCUGGCCUGCGCGAGGGCCACCGAGCACUACUCUCCGCUGUCCUUGCUGAAGCAGGAGCUUCAGCAUCGGCAGCAGCAGGAGGCCCCGGCGGGCGGCGGCUGCCCGCAGUCGGGGGACUGGGCGGACCAGUACCCGGAGUGCGAGUCGUCAUUUUUGAACUUCCAUGAGUCCGACUGCGAACUGAGAGGCUCGGCGCCCUGUGACUCGCUGCUUUCUCUCAACACUGAAAAGAUUCUGAGCCAGGCCAAGUCUAUUGCAGAGCAGAAGAGAUUCCCGUUUGCUACUGACAACGACAGCACCAAUGAAGAAUUAGCUAUUGCUUAUGUGCUGGUCGGCAGCGGUCUCUACGAUGAAGCAAUAAGACACUUCUCAACAAUGCUCCAGAUUCUGUCCCCUCUGGGACGAAUUAAUGAAGCCGUAAACGAUCUCACUAAAGCUAUUCAGCUUCAGCCGUCGGCACGGCUGUACCGACACCGGGGGACCUUGUACUUCAUAUCUGAGGACUACGCGACAGCCCACGAGGACUUUCAGCAGUCCUUGGAGCUGAACAGAAACCAGCCCACAGCCAUGCUGUACAAAGGCCUAACUUUCUUUCACAGAGGACUUCUGAAGGAAGCCAUCGAGGCCUUCAAAGAAGCUCUGAAGCAGAAAGUUGACUUUAUUGACGCAUAUAAAAGUCUGGGACAGGCCUACAGAGAACUGGGCAAUUUUGAAGCAGCCACUGAGAGCUUCCAGAAGGCCCUGCUGCUCAACCAGAACCACGUGCAGACCCUGCAGCUCCGGGGGAUGAUGCUCUACCACCAUGGCAGCCUGCAGGAGGCCCUGAAGAACUUCAAGCGCUGCCUGCAGCUGGAGCCGUACAACGAAGUGUGCCAGUACAUGAAGGGGCUCAGCCACGUGGCGAUGGGGCAGUUUUAUGAAGGAAUCAAAGCACAAACGAAAGUUAUGCUGAAUGAUCCUCUUCCUGGCCAGAAGGCUAGCCCCGAGUACCUGAGGGUGAAGUAUCUCCGAGAGUAUUCUCGAUAUCUGCACGCACACCUCGAUACCCCUCUGACGGAAUAUAACAUUGACUCGGAUCUACCGGGCAGCUUCAAGGACCACUGGGCCAAGAACCUGCCUUUUCUCAUAGACGGCUAUGAAGAGCAGCCUGGCCUGCAGCCUCACAUCAGGGAUGUGCUACAUCAGAAUUUCGAGGGCUACAAGCCUGAAGUCCAGGAGCUGAUCUGUGUAGCUGACCGCCUGGGCUCGCUGAUGCAGUAUGAAACACCUGGAUUCCUGCCCAACAAGAGGAUACACAGAGCCAUGGGCCUGGCAGCGCUGGAAGUCAUGCAGGCCGUACAUCGUACCUGGACCAACUCAAAGGUUCGCAUGAAUGGCAAGACCAGGCUGCUGCAGUGGAGGGACAUGUUUGACAUUGCCGUGAAGUGGAGAAGGAUCGCUGACCCGGACCAGCCCGUGCUGUGGCUGGAUCAGAUGCCAGCGCCAAGUCUCAGCAGAGGUUUCAACAACCACAUCAACUUAAUCAGGGGUCAGGUGAUUAAUAUGAGAUAUCUGGAAUAUUUUGAGAAAAUACUUCAUUUUAUUAAAGAUAGAAUUCUUGUUUAUCACGGAGCAAAUAAUCCAAAGGGCUUAUUGGAAGUCAGAGAAGCUCUGGAAAAGGUACAUAAAGUGGAAGACCUUCUUCCAAUUAUGAAGCAGUUUAAUACCAAAACAAAGGACGGGUUCACUGUGAACACCAAAGUCCCCAGCCUCAAAGAUCAAGGGAAGGAAUAUGACGGCUUCACCAUCACCAUCACAGGAGACAAGGUUGGCAAUAUCCUGUUCUCUGUGGAAACUCAAACCACAGAAGAGAGGACACAGCUCUAUCACGCUGAAAUAGAUGCACUUUAUAAAGACCUGACCGCAAAGGGCAAAGUACUGACCCUCUCGGCAGAAUUCGGGGAGGCUGAUGCUGUCUGCAACCUAAUCUUAUCCUUAGUUUAUUACUUUUAUAAUUUAAUGCCCCUGUCUCGAGGAUCUAGUGUCAUCGCAUACUCAGUCAUUGUGGGAGCGCUGAUGGCCAGUGGCAAAGAAGUGGCUGGGAAGAUCCCCAAAGGGAAGUUAGUUGAUUUUGAAGCCAUGACAGCGCCUGGCUCAGAGGCCUUCAGCAAAAUAGCAAAAAGCUGGAUGAACUUGAAAAGUAUUUCCCCUUCCUACAAGACCCUGCCAUCAGUAUCAGAGACGUUCCCAACUCUAAGGUCCAUGAUCGAGGUGCUCAACACGGAUUCCAACCCACGGUGUCCAAAGAAACUCUAGCCAAAUCAGGAUUUAUACACGUGAAGGGCCAGGCCUCUCGCUCCUUAAGUUAUUUUUUAAGACAUGGAAUUAUUAUGGAAUUAGGUCCUUUAUUACUUUUGAUACCAAUUUUUGAUAGGAAUUGAAUACUUGAAAACCUUUUCUUUACUUUUUCUGAACCAUAACAGAAAUCAUGAAAACGGGUUUUUCGGGGUAAAAGCUACUUGACCAGGAAGGGAAGUAUGUGUAUUAGUGGCAGCCUGUUGGUUCCCAAGUGUUAAGGUAUACUGCUCCUUCCUUACAGCAAAAAAUGUUUACUUCAGAAACCAAAAAUUAAUAAUUAAGAUGAAGAAAGCCAACAGCCAGCGGGGCUCGUCUUCACCGUCCGAGGUGUGGGCGGUUCUCAGACCUCCUUCCUGUGCACCUCUGUGGGGUGCCUCGCUACUGCCAUGCUCCCACAUGUGGGCCCUCCAGCCCCCCAGAACUGUGGAAGGACCCCCAGCACCCAUGGUUCCAUGGCUCGUGGCAAGAAGCACUGGCCAGGCGACAGACAGUAUUUGCCAAUCACUGAACCAUGUUUUUCUUUUCUUUGUUGGAAAAAAAUAACCCAAGGUGAUUUCCGAAAGUCGCCAAGUCCGGGCACUGGAUUACGUUGUGUUUGUGUGUGACCUAGCUUUGCUUUCAGUGUAAGAGCGUUGAGAACGUUUCUUGUUUCCUCAGACAGGGUGGAAGACGGAGGAUUAAGGUCCAUUAAAGGCUACAGUUUCAAACCGUG